GCAUGCACGCACAUACAUAUGCAUGAUUACCAUCUGAGAGGAGAAUUAGGACCACAGUUACUGAGCUGAACACAGGCUCUGCUAUGUGCAGACACUUCAGCCACCAUGAAGACAGCAGGCACGUUGAUGCUGUUUGCUCUAGCCCUUUACUGCUUCCCAGAUACCGUUGCUCUGAAGGCAGAGUACUACUGCAGUGACUACGUCAUACCCAGCCUUUUCUGCACUCUGGAACACAUCCCACAUUGCGGGUCUGACGGCAUAACAUAUGGCAAUAAAUGUUUAUUCUGCAAUGCAUUUCUGAAAAAACGUCGUACUCUUGCCUUGCUUUAUCUUCGAGAGUGUUAACUCUUCAAAGGGCUUCAGCUCAGAAGGAAGAACCUUCCCUUGCAAAGUUUCCUACGGCAGAUGCUGCCCCAAGAUCCAUCCUGAACCUUGAAAGCUCCUGAUGAAUCCUGAAAUCUCUGCUAAAUAAAAAAAACCACCAUUCAUAUCCUAUGUUAAUAGGAUAGUUCAUGCUGUUUUUUUUCUCAGCUAUCGUGUGAUUAUAUCACAGCAACAAUCCUGGUGUGCAGGUAGUAAUAGUGAAUUAAGGAAGAGAAAAUACAUUGUUCUGAUUUACAAAGAAAUCAACUCCAUCUACAAAGGCAAUGGGGUGCACUUGAGGGCAUCUUAUUUCAUCCAGGUUUCUAAAAUAAAACCAGUAGUAGAAAUGUAACCUGGUGCAAUGCUCCUAUUGAUUUGUUUCAUUAAGAGUAUCCUGGACAGACGUCCCCUUAACCAAGGAGGAAUUGUCCGCCUCACUGACUGCUACUGUUAAAUACCUGCUGCCUCACCCCUUUAUUACUAUUUGUACAUUAUGCAUAUUCUGGCAGCCUGUAGAGGCCCCAAGCAAACCUGAACAUACACAUAAUUAGAGACAAACCCAGGCCAAAGAUUUUUACAGCUGGGAGUGUUUUGUGGCUGCUCUACAGAAAGCAACUGAGGCACAAACUGGCUCUCAGGCACUGGGAGCUGCUCACCUCUAUUUCAGUUUCUUGGCUUAACCAGACUUUCUCAUGCAGGCAAGAGAAGCGUGUCAGUUCAGAUCACAGCUGAAUCUUUUCCCCUUGAAAGCUGGGUAGGAAGCACACCUUCCAGUGGAAAAAACCCUUUAGCAUUCUACUCUGCCUCCCAAAGCAAGAGGACAGCAUUUUUUCUCUAUGCAGGCAGAUACCUGGCUGCCCACAUGCACAUUUGCAAUGUGCAUCAGUGCAGGGUACUGCAGAAAACCAGUGGGCAGUCAGACUUAAUAGACGAGAUGUCUGGAAGCGCGCUAGCAACAGUUUCCACAGACCUUUCCUGCACCUCGCCCACCACUUUGCUGCUGCUUGCAGGUAAUUGCGCUGUCGCUUGUAGAGGAUCCUCUAAGAUUCUUCGACCUCUGGAAAUCUUGUCUGAUGAAAGGAAGGGCUCAGAGUCAUCACGUUAAUUUAUUAUUCGUUAACAGUUAGUGAAGUGCUGGCAGUGCGGCAUGUAGUGCAUGCAGCAGUCUCACAGUCAAAUAGUUAAUGAUUUUAAGUGACAAUAUGUCACUUUCCAGAGACUAGAGAGAGUACCUCUCUAAAGAGAGACAAUUUAUUUCCAAAAGACAUGACUGUGUGUAAUCACUUAGUGCCAAGUCCCUUCCUGGAGCUGUAAUGUCCCUCCUGUGAGAGGCAGGUCUGUGUGCUGGAAGGCGUUUCAGUGGCAUAUGCAAUUUCUUGGGGUCAAGACAAAGUGAGGCUCUGGGAUGCAGUGCUGGGGAUGUGCAGCUCAUGGGCUCCAUGUUCGUUCUUGUCCCCCUCCACUGCAGGAGGGGGACAAGAGAACACCAGCCACAUCACAUAUUUUCUUUCUUAGGGAGGACAGAGAGAACAAGGAGGGCUCCAGAGGAGCCAUGCUGCCUUGGGGAAGAAGUGGAGCUCCUUGUCGCCCUCAAGAUCCCAGGGAUCUUCACAGUGCAGCUUCCAAGGGCCGUUUCUGCUGAACAGGAAAAUCUGUGAAGCAAUUCAGGGGAAACUGUGAGUAGAAAUUAAUGGAGCUGAAUCUGCCUCCCUGAUGCAGAGCUCAGUUACCCAGCAAUACUGGAGAGGUAACUGAGGGCAAAGCGUGAUCCUGGCAGGAUCACUGUGAUGCUUCUGUGCCAGGUGGCCAGCUCUUCGGGUCAGAGAGGAAGACAAUAUUCUUUUAGGAACACCUUGUUGGAAAUUAUUUUUUGAUGCUGCUCAAUAAAAUCCUGCCACAACAACACAAAAUCUUCUCACUAAUCUAACUCUCCCUCCAGGAAAUUCAAGGCAGGAAACAUUGCCUGCCUGCUGAGGUAUUUUAUGAUACAACUCUUUAAGCAGUACCUCAGCACCUUAUGUCAUUAUCUGUUGUUUAUGAAUUUAGGAAAUGCCACUCAAUUAGCCCACAAACUGAUUAGCACAUUACAUGUGGUUAUUUUGUUCUACUCUAUUUUAUAUCAAUGCUUCUGUUUUAGUAUACUUCUGUUUUAGUUCUACUUGUUGCUGGCCAAAAUAUAACUCAGGCCAGCCUAGAUCUUUCUGUUAAUACAGUUGUUCUCUGAGACUUCAUUCAGGAUAAACAGUUUGUCACUACAUUCAUCCUCAAUGCAGAGAAAAAUAAAAUGAUGUUUUAAAGGAAAAUUACUUGGAGACGUCAUUUCUGGGGGAUGGUCAUGUCAGAGCUACUGCAGUGAGACAGA